UGGUUCAAAUCUUACUAAGAUCUUGACUACUCAUAUGGCUGGUAGUAGCUACAUGAGCGAUGCGUACUACUGACGGUGAGGAAAUAGUCCCAAUGAGAGAUUUUGAAUUAGGUAUCUACAAAGACAUGAUUUCUCAGCAACAAAAGAAGCUAAAGAUUUUAGAUUCAAUCAAGCAAAUCUCUAAUGAUACAGAGAGUGACUUUAACAUAACUGGAGAUUUCCUUGACCAGGCUGUUAAUACUAUUAUUUAUAAAAAGGAAGAAAAAGCAAGAAAGAUCAGAGAAAGGAUUGAAAUUGAUAAAAUCAAUGAAAUUAAAAAUUCAAUUUUUGAAAAACAUGUGUUAGAUUUUGAAGAUGAAAUUAUCGAUUUUAAUUUCAUUCCUAUUUCAGUCCCUAACCAGAGUAAUAAAGAUCCUGUUGUUCUUAUAUUUGCACGCAAUGGGAUCGACAGCACCACUCUUGAGAUACAAGAUCUCCGAGGAGAGGUUAUUCUUGAGUAUCAAAUACAGAAUUGUACAACUAAAUAUUUAUUGCCAAGUUUGCAUCCACAAGAUAUUUUUGCGGCAGUUAUUUGACAUAAUUACAAUUUCCAUAUGAUCAAGUUUUCCACUGAAGAGUUCAUAGACUCUCAAAAACCAUCAGAGAACUCACCUUUCUUUAAAAUUGUUGAAAAUUCAUUCCUAAAUCUUCCAGAAGAAGUUUCUAAAAUUUUAGUUGAGAAAAAUGAGACUUUAGGUGACUCUUUUGAUAUUAUCAGAGUAGCUCCUUAUUUCUCUAAACGUAUCAUCUACUUUCUAAUGGUUGAUAAUUCAGGCAGGAUCAUUAAUCUUAAAGGUUCAGAAGAAAUUAUGAGUGUCUUCAGGCUCGAGACAUCUCAGAUUACAGCAAUCGAAAGACAUAAUCUAAGUAUCCUCUUCUCCACAUCUAACAAUAUUGGAUUUAUGAAAGUACUUGAGCAGUCUUCAGACCAGGUCUUUUGAGAAAUUGGUACAGCCAAUAUUUCCUCUAUUGCAGGGGAUCAUCUGAAACCAAGCGGGAUCUAUGCCAUUACACAAGAGCAUGAUGAUAAUUCCACAAGUGAUCAUUUGGUUGCAUUUGAGAUAAAAGCUAGCAAACAGAGAUCAUCUACAGAGGAAUGAAAGAUUAUAGGAAAAAUAAAACUUGGCCAUCAUGAGUCUUCCUCUUUCUCACUCUCUCCUCUUCAAGGAUUUGUGACAGUUAUGGAUCAGUUUGGAGAGCUUUCUGUCUUUAAAGCUCUGAACCCAAAUGAUUUAAUUGAAGACCAAGUAAAGUAUGUAUUUCAACCAUUUAAAGAGAGACAUAAUAAUACUCUGUCUAUCUCAGAAGUUUUGUCUAGAAAGAAGGAAUUUGGGAUUUAUAAUAAAGACAUUAGAGAUAUAAACAGCUAUCAAGGAUCCUUUGUCUUGAUUAGAAAUCCUCAAAACUUAUCCCAAGUUAGUUUAUUCGAGUACAUAAGGAUUGUUGAAGCUCAAACGGAAGGAUUCUUCGAUUUCAUUGAUAUGAGAAUAGUCAUGCUCAUUGCAGCAGCAAUUGUCUACUUCUUAUGGAGACAAUGUAAAGGAUUUUAUUCCAAAAUGGAACCGAGCAUUGAAGACUAUGUUGACUUAGGAGAAGGUGGUAUGUCCAAAAACGAUGCAAUGAAGAACUUAAAGUUUGAUUAA